AUGUUCGGGUGUUAUCUGCCCUUACCGGAAGCAAGAUGUUCGCUUUACUCGUCUACUAGCCCGCUGAUAAGCACAUCAGAUCAGCGCUUGGCUCAUAGUUUGCGCUUUAAUCUGACACAGAAAUUAUUCCAGGAGCUUCCAGCCCACCCGCGUCUCUUCCGGCGGCACAAUGCAGUGUCGGAAGACUACUGGCUCCCUCCUGGAGAGCUAUCAGAAAUAGAUAGAAACGCUGGCCUUGAUGCUCCAGAGAACAUCUUCAGAUGUUUUGGCUGCACAGAAGCAGAAUGCCAGGGCCCAAAGGGCUGCGCCAAAAUUCCUUGGAGGCUGGAACCGGGUGGCUACUUGAAAAAUAUCCUUAACGCUCGUGUAUAUGAUAUAGCGGUGGCUGGCUGGCUGCAGAUUGAGACUCCUCUUGAGGAAGCAAAGCAGCUCAGCGAUGAGCUGGGGAAUACCCUGCUGCUUAAGCGGGAAGACCUGCAAGCGGUGUUUUCCUUCAAAGUCCGGGGCGCGUUCAAUAAACUGGCGCAGCUGAGUCAGGAGGAGCUGGACCGAGGUGUUAUCUGCGCCUCUGCUGGCAACCAUGCUCAGGGAGUGGCGCUGGCAGCCCGGACUCUGGGCUGCCACGCAACCAUCUGCAUGCCCCCCACGACGACAGCCAUAAAGAUAGAGGCGGUCAGGCGCUUGGGCGGUGAAAUUGAACUUGUUGGGCAAACGUACGCAGAAGCCCAAACGCAUGCCAGAGAAAGGGCAUUGAAGGAGGAUAAGAUCUUUGUGUCGGCGUUUGACGACCCGUACAUUAUUGCAGGGCAGGGCACGAUGGGCUUAGAAAUCCUCCGCCACUGCCCUGCGCAUUUGAGGCGAGACUUGCACGCUAUCUUUGUACCAAUCGGCGGGGGAGGUAUGGCGGCGGGUAUUGCAGCUCUGGUGAAAGAGAUCGACCCCGGCAUUUUGGUCAUCGGCGUUGAGCCCACAGGGGCCAACAAGAUGGCCAUAAGCCUGAAGACUGGAAAGCGGGUCUCCCUCGACAAUAUUGAUGUUUUUGCUGAUGGGGUGGCCAUCAAGGAGCCCGGGGCGGAGUGCUUCAGACUACUGCGCAAAUUUCUUGAUGGCGUCCUGCUGGUAGACAAUGCCUCAAUUUGCGCAGCCAUCAAGGAUGUCUUCAAUGAGACCCGCACAAUCCUUGAGCCGGCCGGGGCAGUUGCCGUCGCCGGCGUGAAGGCAUACUUGAAGGCCCGGCCCGAGAUUAAGGGCAAGACGAUGGUUGCUGUCACGAGCGGCGCAAACAUGAACUUUGACCGCCUGCGGCUUGUCACGGAGCUGGCAGACCUGGGCGCCAAUAGAGAAGCAAUGUUGAUGAGUACAAUCUCUGGGCGGCCGGGGACACUGCGCGAGUUUGUCAAUAUGGCCGUUCCAGAAGGCACUCACCUCAACAUCACAGAGCUGCGCCACAGGUACACGGAGGACCGGGACUGCCAAGUGCUGUGGUCGGUGGGACUGCGCACAGAGUCAGACCUGACAUCAGUGCUUGAGCGAGUGACUGCUGCUGGGACGCCCACACAGGACAUCUCUGGCAUCGAAGAGGCACAGGUGCAUGUGCGCCAUCUGGUCGGGGGAAGAGCCAGAGGGGACCAGCAGCUGAGCAAUGAGCAGCUGUUCACCGUGGCGGGCCCUGAGCGCGUUGGAGCGGUGCGGCAACUCCUGAACGCACUGGGCACUACCUGGAAUGUGACACUGUUCCAUUACAGGAAGACGGGCAACAGGAGCUCGCCAAUCCUCCUUGGUUUAGAGGUCCCACCCGGCUCUGCAGAGAAGCUUACUGCCACAACAAAGGCAAGCAUUGAUUUCAUCCUGCUAUGA